AUGGCUGGGGAGAAUCCAGGGAACAUUCCCGUUCCCACCUCCUCCUCUCCUUGCCUGUUUCCCGCUCACAGAGUGGUGCUGUCAGCAGCAUGGGCAGGCUUUGAGGCCUUAUGCAGGCGCUUUGGAUCUGAGGGGUGUGUUGCGUUGUCGAUGGGAGGAAUAUCAGGGAAAAGUGAUGCCAAUGCGGCCGAUUCUAUUACAUGGGCCAAGUUGAGGUACCCCUCGCGCUCGUCCGCCCUCUCCUCUCUCUCGCACACGACUUGGGGGCGCAGGAGUUGCUUCAGGAGUGCGAAGCAGCACUGCAGACGCAUGGCAUAG